AUGAAUAGAAUUGUCGAUGAGCUUGAGGAAAAACUACGACUUCAAGAUAGGUAUUAUGAGCCGAUGGAUAUAGACGAUGAUGUUGAUGAUGACGAUAUCGAGAUGCGGGAUUACGAUGAUAGUUUUGAUAAAUCUCUAUUACGACGCCGGGUGGUAAAUCCAGUGGAAGAUACAGUUGGAGACGGUGAAGAAGAGAUGCACCUGGAGGACGAGAUUGAUAGCGAAUCGGCUAUGACAAGUGGGAGGCGCAUGGCCGGUGCAUUGGCACUCUUGCAGCCGGAGAAUCAUGGAUACCUCGUAGGCAAAUCUGUCAGCGGGCGAGCGAAUAGGGAGGAAGAUGUAGGUACUCCAUCGAAGGAGCGUUCGUUGCAAACGUUGACACAGGGUUUAGGAGACGGUAGAAAAAUUGUCAUCCACAACCAUUUUUACAAUUCGAAUCAGCACGAGGAACCCUGGCCAACCGGAGACAAUAUCAAUAUCAACAGCAUGCGGUUCGGGAAGGUGGAAUUGUUUGAGUUGCUCAAACGGAGUAUUAAUUACUCCCUUCUCGUAUGGAUCGCGUACCUUGUGCUAAUCCAGAUUCGGCAAGAUAUAAUGGAGGAGUACCGGAAAAUGGAGAUUCGUAACUCUUUCAUGAGGGAACAAUGCCUACAAGAGUACAUUGUGAACCGAUGCGAGGAGUACGGACAGCUUCCGGCACUCAAGGAGGAGUGUCUCCAGUGGGAGGUGUGCUACCAUGGGGGUGUGAAUGAUAUCCACAGGGAACCCCCCGUGUUGGAGAUUGCUGUGCAUGUUUUGGGGCGGACCAUAGAGAGCGGAUUGUCCCGACUGGGUGGACUGAACAAGUUGCUGGUACUUGUCUGUGUUUGUGCUUGGUACAUGGGCAACUUUGCUCUCGGAUAUAUGAAGGCAACCAGAGAUGCGCAUAAUGCAUAG